AGGGGGUAUUUGGAUCACGUCGUCAUGCACAAACGACGCUCUACUCGUCAGUCAGUCGCUUGCCGAUUGUGAGAAACGUACGGAGGUGUUAUUAUGUCAGAAGUAUUCAAACUAGGUGAUCUUGUAUGGGCGAAGAUGAAAGGAUUUUCGCCUUGGCCUGGUCGGGUGUCUAAUCCUUCAAAGGACUUAAAGAAACCAACAAAUACUAAGAAGGGACCAGUUCAAUGUAUUUUCUUCUUUGGAACAAAUAAUUACGCAUGGAUAGAAGAAUCUAAUAUAAAACCAUAUCUAGAAUACAAAGAUACUCUUGUAAAAUCUAGUAAAUCUGGUGCAUUUAAAGAUGCAGUAGAAGCAAUAGAAGAAUUUAUUGCUAAUGGAGAGGUAUUUGAAGAUGGCUUAGACCCAGACUCUUUAUUCGACAGACUUAAAGAAGAAAGUAUAUCUGAGAAGAAGAAUAUAGUAAAGACACCUAAACCUCGUAAGGAAACGCCAAAAACUAAAAGAUUGGACUCUAGUGCAAGUGAAGUUCGUCGUCCAGCCAAAAAACAACGAAGAGAAUCAAGUACAAGUAAUAGUAAUAGGGUUGGCAGCAUUAGUCCUGCAUUAAACCAUUCAACUCCUGUUAGAAAAUCGGGAUCAACUCUUCUUAACAGGCCCGCGAAUAUUGCUAGACCUGUAACACCUCCUUUGGAUGUGGAAACAAUGUCGCAAACGCUUAAAGAGAAGAACAUCCUUCCAUCAACCUUGAAAUUUGGAUUCCUUGGUUUGGGAAUAAUGGGAAGCGGUAUCGUAAAAAACCUGAUCAACAGUGGACACAGCGUGAUUGUGUGGAAUCGAACACAGGAAAAGUGCGCAGAUUUUGUAAAAGCUGGGGCAGAACAAGGUUUAACACCAUCCGAUGUGGUUCUCGCUGCCGAUAUUACAUUUUCUUGUGUAGCGGAUCCUCAAGCAGCUAAAGAUAUGGUGUUUGGAAAUUGUGGAGUCCUUACGGAAAUAUCUCCAGAGAAAGGAUAUGUAGAAAUGACUGGUAUAGAUGCAGAAACAUCACAAGAUAUCGCAGAGGCAAUAACUGCAAAAGGUGGCCGCUAUUUAGAGGCUCAAGUACAGGGUAGCAAAACGCAAGCACAAGAGGGUACGUUGGUGAUCCUUGCGGCUGGUGAUCGAACUCUAUUCGAUGAAUGUCAAUCUUGCUUCGAAGCAAUGGGGAAAAAUAGUUUUUAUCUCGGUGAGGUCGGCAAUGCUUCCAAAAUGAAUCUCGUGCUUCAAUUAAUGGCAGGAGUCACUCUUGCUGGUUUGGCCGAGAGCAUGGCUUUAGCAGAUCGUGCUGGCCUUCAGCAAAAGGACGUACUUGAAGUUUUAGAAUUAACAUCAUUGGCUUGUCCUGCUAUUCUUGACAAAGGGAAAGCUAUCAUCGAAGGUGGAUUUCCUACACAGUUACCACUUCAGCAUAUGCAAAAAGACUUAAGACUCUCUUUAGGUAUGAGCGAUCAAUUAGAACAGCCAUUACCAUUGGCUGCUGCAGCGAAUGAAGUUUACAAACACGCUAAACGCCUUGGUUAUGGAGAACAUGAUGCUUCUGCUGUUUACAUCAGAGCCAGGUUCUAACGGAGCAUGCAUCGUCAAGCUUUUGCUAUACCAUAUUUAUUGCAAUAUCUAACGUUGUUUCCCGUCGCUACCAGAGAAGAGUAGUGUGCUAUUUGUUAAAGGGAAUAAUGGAAAACCACUGUGAAUCGCUAAAAAA